UCUGGAGACUCCUGACAGGGAUCCUGGUGAAGACUGUUGGUGUAGUCCUGGAGACUCCUGACAGGGAUCCUGGUGAAGACUGUGUUGUAGUCCUGGAGACUCCUGAGAGGGAUCCUGUGAAGACUGUGUUGUAGUCCUGGAGACUCCUGACAGGGAUCCUGGUGAAGAGUACGUUGCAGUAGUCCAGCCUUGCAGAGAUAAAGGCAUGGACAAGCUGUACAAAGUCUUUAUCAUGUUUUUAUAUCAUUACAAAUAGGAAUAUCUGGUCGUUUGAUUCAGAAUGUCUCUCAGGGUGAUGAGAUAAUAGUCGGAUGGAUGUUAUCGAUACAUGAAAUGAAAUAAAAUUCCAGAAAAGGUCUCCUUGCAUUUGUCCAAGAGUAUUUCUCAUCAAUUCUGACAUAAUGCUGCUCAUUCAUGAUUAUUGAUGUAAUGCUGUGUAGAGUAAUGAUAAACAGUCGACUCCUGAUGAAUCAUUGAUUAUGUAGGCUGCCUUCCACAGUAGUAAACUCCCAUCCAGCUGGCGGCGCUGUUAUGUGUUUCUGGGUUCGCCAGCCAAUAACACAACGGAUUUUCUAAGAUUCCUUGACUAAAACACGGAAGUAGAAUUGGAGUAAAGAAAUACCCACUGACAGAUCUGACUAGGCUACCCAACUCUCAUUCGACUGAAAAUGUAUAAACUACAGUUGUURAGUGUGUUUUUAAAUGAUCGUUUAACGGCGGCUGCUGUGGAGAUUUUCGGGGAAGUAGAGAAAAUGUUAGUGGAGUACCAGGAGGAGAAUAAUCGUCUACGGAGCCUGCUGCGGAUCACACCGGACAUAAAACUAUGUAGAAUAGACUCCCUGCAAGUCUCUCUCKCUGACUCUGAAGAGGAGGUUCCCCCUGAACAGCAGCACUGUGAGCAGGAGUGGAGUAACAGUCUGGGACAGGAGGACCCAGAGACCACACAGAUUAAAGAGGAACAGGAGGAACUCAGGACCAGUCAGGAGGAAGAGCAGCUUCAAGGGCUGGAGCCUGAUAUCAUAGAGUUCAAUUUCACUCCAUCCUUUGUGAAAAGUGAAUGUGAUCAUGAGGACCCACUUCAGUCCUUGACUCUUCCCCAAACCCAGWCUGUGGAGAACAGAGACAGAGACUCUAAACCAGUAGAUACUGAACCUUUUGGCACUGUGACCCACCUAAAAGGUUUCAAAAUUCCYUGUGRCCCUCCAGAUAAUCAGAACAUUGCCUACUGCCACAGUUCAGCCAUAUGCAGYGACCMWGUAGRACUUGACAACAGCCCACCAUUGGAUCCCAACCCACAAUUGGAUCUUAAUCCACCAAUGGGGGAACUCUGCACCUGCCCCUUUUGUGGCAAGACCUUCAAACAAAAAGGAAAUCUGUCCAUGCACAUGAGGAUUCACACAGGAGAGAAACCAUUUAGCUGUGGUGACUGUGGGAAAAGCUUUAUUCAGAAGGGGGACCUAAGGAGACAUAUACUGACUCACACAGGAGAGAAACCAUUCAGUUGUAAUUUUUGCUGUAAAAGYUUCAAUCAGAAAGGGGACCUAAGGAGACAUAUMCUGACUCACACAGGAGAGAAACCAUUUAGYUGUGAUUACUGUGGUAAAGGAUUCAUUCGCAAGGAGCACCUAACUGCACAUAUACGGACUCACACAGGAGACGUGUCGGUCUCAAGCAGAACCUAACCACGCAGAAACUGAUAAAUAGAUCUAUGAUCGAUUUUAAUAUUGUAAAACAUUGUAUGUAAAUAAAGUUUGAUUUGAAUGAUGAGGUACUUAUCAAGCAGUACAGAGUAUUGUAGGACAUUCACAGGUCUGCUGUUCAAAGUCUGUAGAAUCGUUGUCUUYGUUAGAAACAGGAAUAUCUGAUCGUUUGAUUAGGAUCUCGUGGUGAUAAAGGGGCAGGCUGAUGUUAUUGAUGUCAUGAAAUACAAUUCCAGAAAAUAUCUCCUUCCGUUUUGUCCCAAAKAGUUUUUUCUCAUCAAUUCAGACCUAAUGCUGCUCAUUCACUAUCUGUAUUGCGAUUCGAUAUUGUGAUGUUAUUGCUAUUUGAUGUACAUAAACAUAUUACUCCCUAUAUGUCUCCUGCAGAGAGACGAGAGAGCAUCAGAAAAUGUGUUUUGAUCAUGGAAAUAAAAGUGAUGAAAAUA